AUAUUUUUAUUAUUAUUUAUAAUAAUAUUUGUCUCGGUCCUUUAUUUUGGCAUGUCCGUGUCCGCGUGCUCUUCCCAGAGUCAGUUCUGCCUUUACACUGCUUCACGUUUGUUUUGAAAAGAAAUGUUAUCCCGUAAGAGGUGAUGGCUGCAGUGAGACUUUGUGCCAUGUGAUGGCGCCACGUCGUUUGAUGACAAAGUCUCACCACACAAAUUACCAGCUCUGAUAAACGAUCCUGUGAUUCCUUACUUAUGUUCUGAGCUACAGACCUGUUAAUGUGAGUAGUGCCACCACCACACAAGGAUGCCCAUGUGUUGGGGUGAAGAAGGAGCCGAAAAAGAAGACGAAGCUUAAGACGGGAACUGAGCUGUUGUUUCUCACUGUGGAGCGGCUUUUAGCCUGAAACGCUGAGAUGGAAAAGAUGACGUCUGUUGGGACCAUCAGUGGCAGAACAAUGUUCUGCCUUCUGGAUGCUCCAGCCAACGCCAUCAGUGUGUGCCGGGAUGCCACGCAGGUGGUGGUGGCUGGGCGCAACAUCUUCAAGAUCUUUGCGAUUGAAGAGGAAGGCUUCGUGGAGCGUCUGAACCUGCGCGUGGGUCGCAAGCCGUCGCUGAACUUCAGCUGCGCUGACGUCAUGUGGCACCAGGCCGACGACAGCCUCUUGGCUACGGCGGCCACUAACGGCGCGGUGGUGACUUGGAACCUGUCGCGGCCGUGCCGUAACAAACAGGAGCACCUUUUCGCCGAGCACAAACGCACCGUCAACAAAGUGUGUUUCCAUCCCAGUGAGGCGCACAUGCUGCUCUCCGGCUCUCAGGACGGCUUCAUGAAGUAUUUCGAUCUGCGCAAGAAGGAAAGCGUCAGCACCUUCUCCGGUCAGUCGGAGAGUGUCCGAGACGUGCAGUUCAGCACAAAGGACUUUUUCACGUUUGCCGCGUCAUUCGAGAACGGGAAUGUGCAGCUGUGGGACAUCCGCAGACCUGACCGCUAUGAGAGGAUGUUCACUGCACACACAGGCCCGGUGUUCUGCUGUGACUGGCAUCCUGAGGACAGAGGGUGGCUAGCGACAGGUGGUCGUGACAAGAUGGUAAAAGUGUGGGACAUGACGACCAACCGUGCCAAAGAGAUCUACUGCGUCCAGACCAUCGCGUCGGUGGCGCGGGUCAAGUGGCGUCCAGAGCGUCGCUGGCAUCUCGCCACAUGCUCCAUGAUGGUGGACCAUAACAUCUACGUCUGGGACGUGCGUCGGCCCUACAUCCCUUUCGCCACCUUCGAGGAGCACAAGGAUGUUGCCACGGGCAUCGUGUGGCGCAACCAGCACGACCCUGACGUCCUGCUCUCCGGCUCCAAGGACAGCACUCUGUACCAGCACAUGUUUAACGACGCCAGUCGCCCGGAGGUGCGCGCCAACCCCGAAGGCCUCAGCUUCGGCCUGUUCGGAGACCUCGCCUUUGCCGCCAAGGAGAGCCUGAUGGCGGCCGAGGGUGGGCUCAAGCCGUGCCCGGGCGGAGACCGCCGCUACCCCAUCUUCUUCUUCAAGAAGCAUGACGUGAUGGAGCGCUUCGCACAGGUCUCCAGCGUGCUCAGCGUUUUCGAGUGCGAUCCGGAUGGCGGAUCCAGGAUGGACUGGUUCAUCGAGACGGCGCGCAGGUACCAGCUGAGCGGGAGACCCUUCGCCGAGCUCUGUGACCACAAUGCCAAGGUCGCCAAAGAGCUCAACAGACCUCAGGUGUCAACCACAUGGACCAUGCUGCGGAUAAUGUAUUCUGACCCGGGUCACCCAACACCUCCAGCCAAUCACAAUAUGAGCAAAAUGGGAAAUGCACCCCUCAUGAACAGUUUCAGUUUGAAGGAUAUGAGUGCUGCUUUAAACGAGAGAAACAAAGAGAAUAGACAGGACAACCUGCACAACCUGGAGACUAACCUCAAUAACGAUGAAAACGAAGAGACGGAGGGCAGUGACGGUCAGGCCGAGUACCUGUUCGGAGAGGCCGAGCUGGACGACGACGAUCUGUACAGCAUGGAGCAUGACAAUCAGGCAGCAGAGGAGGCGGAGUUUUCCCUGCCCCAGGAAGCAUUCCCGCUGCGGCACGAGAUCGUGGAGCACGCCACGGCGCCCGAGCUGCUGGCCGAGAACGCCGAGUCCCCACAGGCGAGCGGGGGCGAGACGGAGAGCGUGUGCCUGACUCCCAUGGAGUCUUUCAGCCUGAUCUCGGUGUCUCAGCUGCUUUUCCAGCCACGCCUGCCUCACGGCUUCUUCAACGCCAUCGUCAAGGCCACGCUGGCCUACUACGCCGAGCAGGGUGAUGUCCAGAUGGCCGUCUCUGCCCUCAUCGUGCUCGGGGAACGAAUCCGCAAGGAGAUCGACGAGCUCACACAGGAACACUGGUACAUGUCCUACAUCGACCUGCUGCAGAGGUUCGAGCUGUGGAACGUCAGCAACGAGGUGAUUAAACUGAGCACGUGCGGCGCCAUCACCUGUCUGAACCAGGCAUCCACCACACUGCACAUCAACUGCAGCAACUGCAAACGACCCAUGAGCAACAAGGGCUGGAUAUGUGACCGGUGCCACCAGUGUGCGAGUGUGUGCGCGGUGUGUCACCACGUUGUGAAAGGUCUGUUCGUGUGGUGUCAGGGCUGCAGCCACGGCGGACAUCUGGAGCACGUCAUGGAGUGGCUCAAGAGCUCCAAUCACUGUCCUGCCGGGUGUGGACACCUGUGUGAAUAUGCCUGACACACACAAACACAUGCUGACAUUCUAAAAUGUAUAUUUGAGUAUGUGUGUGUGGUGCGUGUGUGUGAAUUAAUGAAAGUGCUGCUACGGACAAUGAAUAAGACUCUCUCUCAACCACACACACACAAACAAAGACCGAAAACCAGCCACGGAAUGUAUCUCUGUAAGAUUCCGCUCUUCAACAGAAGCACUUUUGUUACACUUGAAACUUUAAAAUGCUGCAUUGUCAAAUCAAAUAUAGAUCUGAGUUGUAAAUAGUCUUAACUCCAUCAUUUCUGUUGUUAAUGAAACACAGCCUGCAGCAAUAAAACUGCGUUCCUUCUCUUUCCGUCUUGAUAUAAGUUCGACAUGCAGGCCGUGCCCACUCUCGUCUAUGAGCUGUACGCAGAAACCACUGUAAAUCCGAGCACAAGUGGAAUUCAUGAAGCGGGAUGUGAGAUCGAGGACGGUUUAUGACUCUUCAGAGCCUCUGAUGUUGAUGCAACAACACGACACUGUACAGCACGUUCAUCACGUCAGUGUAUAAGCCUUAAAAAGAUACAAUAAAAGCAGAAAGAGGCUCGA